AUGGCCUUUGCGCAGAAGGGAAAGCUGAAAGCGCAUAUCCAUGCUGUCCACAAAAGUGCGCCUUUUAUCUCAACACUACCAUUUCAGUCUCUUGCCAUGUAGUUUUUUGUCGAUAUUUUCUUUAUCUACUUUAUUGUGCUCUCCGCCUAUCCAAAGCCUCCAUUCCACAAAGGUCACCUGCGGAAGAAAGUGUUACGGAUAGUUGAAGUUUUGAUAAAACCCCUUUAAUUGAUGGGUGCAAGUACUUUGACAAAUCGUCAUAUUGUAGAGCCGGUUUCAACGGCUGGUUCGGCGCCUUGUCUGUUUGUGACAGUUGAGCAGUGGUAGAGAGAGAGAACGCGGGACCCUUCAAAGUAUGCAGCCAUCGCCACUCUCCCUACUCCGUCAUUAUUUCAGGGCAGUUCGUUGCGGCUCGCAAAAUUCACCAUCCUUAAGGCCAAAUUAAUUUGUCGCAAUCGAUGGCCGUUGGUUAGCCGACGCACCAGUGCUUUUUAAUCUGCCGGGAAGGGGGAUGCGCCGGCAUUAUUGUCAGUUUGAGCAACAAGGAAAUAUAGCACAUCUUCCUAUCGAAGAAGAAUACAAACUGUUUUUGCUGGUGAUCAAACUGCAUCUCCUGCGUUAUAUGAUAACUUGAGUUCUUGCUGCUUUUUCUGGUUUAGUUUUUGCCAUCGAAGCAACAUUUUCAGAUUGCACAAGAUCUAAUUAAAGUCGGAGAUACCACAUUUUAAUUUCUACUAUCAUUCUAAAAUGCCUCUAUUCAGUCCGGGAUUUUAAACUGUUUUCAAUAGUUCAACGUGAGCUGGAUUGAAUCACCCUUUUCGUCGUAAGCGUAACCGCUACAUAUGCAACCACCAGAAAACCGUGCGCUAACGCUUUGAGUAACUUAUUUGCCUAUCUUACUGCGCCAUUUAUUGCACACUUUGAUUUUUCGCGCAUCUAAUCGACUUCAUACUCUUUUCGAAGGCUUUGCGCACAGUUUGCCUCACGUUGCAUCCUGAUUGACCUCCGCAUACCUCGGUAAUGGAAGACUUAGCAAAACAGUCGCAAUUAACUUCUCGUAAACCAUUCUUAAGUGCUCAUUACUAGUUGUCUGCAAAAUUCCUCAAGGGUACCGCGACCGACAGAAAUCAGGAAGGGCAUCUCUAAUAGGAAUGAUUAGUCUUCAGCACUUUACUAUUACCCUUUAAUUUUCAAAUAAACUAUUUAAAGAUCUCUAUAGAAGUUAGUUAACUCCAGCUCGAUUACCAAUGGCGAUUUUAAUGGAUUCCUACUAAGCCGGGGCCAUUUCUGCAAGGCUUGCCAGUUUCCUCUCCGGCUUGAGCUAAACAACUGAUAGAUUAAAAAAAGUGAUAAUUUGUUUGCUGACGGAUUUUCCACUCGGCAUGGUAAUUCGUCCCUCGGAAGUGCGUUGAGGUUUGUCGAAGCAGACCAUUCCAAGAUUUACAUGUUAACUUUAUCCCGCCAAUAAAAGAAUUUUAGUUAACUAUUGUGGGAAGUGCGGUCACCGAUCAGGCUGCGAUUCAUUCUCGUCCCGUUAUGACUUGGGGAUGAAUCUGGGGCCUUCUCAGGCAGUCCCAUAUAGACCAGUAAGGAUGCAGGGAAAGGAAUACCGGUAGAGAUACGGAAGACUGAAAGAACCACUUUGGGCUUAUUAGCCGUCGUCAGCCAGCCAUACACAACCCUAAAGUACGUGACCUGUCUCAUGAAAUCUGAUAACGGAAAGUGAUGAGAGAAUUUCUGGACGACUUUAACGUGGCGCACUUUGUUCGCUUACCCAACCCUUCAAUGAAAUAUCCUUUUAUUGUUCAGAAAUUGUGUUUACGUAAUUAUAUCAAACAAAACAUCAGUAAAUUUUAGCGAAAAUAGACGUUGGAAUAUAUUCGUGCAAUUUCCUAUGCUAAUACAUGUCCUAGACUCCAGUUACGCAUCUGAGCGACUUUUUCAUUGAAAUGAUAGUAAUUUACCCUCGAGAGUUUUAAUAAACUGAUUUAGCCGGACUAUAAAUUUUAUUUCAUGUCCGAUGUUGACCAUGGUUAUCAACCUGCUAACAAAAAGGUUAUUUUAAGAAAACCAGGGGUUUUAUCAAUUCCUUUAUGUCAAAUUAGCAAAUCUGUGCGAUUUGGUGCCCUAAAGGAGGGCCUGAACACUCACUUAUUCGGUAAAUGCCUUCAAGAACAAUCUUAUUUUAAAAUUCUCAACAGACAGGUAAUUCAGAAUCUGUCUUUAUGGGCGAUCGGGUGAAAACACUGAAAAUCACGAAGUAUUCAGCAAUAUUUCGAGGCCGAUCUGAAACUCAACGUAAUCUAAAACGAAGGAAAAGUAUAAAUUAAUUUAACGAAAGAAACGUUCUGUGUAUAAACACAAAAUGGUAUGUUGACAAUCACGUCUGUCAGUUCUAUUUAAAUUUAUUAGGCACCGACCGGCCUCAUGGCAUGUCACCUUAUGAAAACUUGUGAUCCUACGACGUCUCCAUCGGCGAAAUCAAGCAAAAUCCAGCUUCUCUUGUUGAACCCCAUCUCAUUUAACUCCAAACAGUGAAGGAACUUAUGAAAUACUGGAAAACUGUUUUGGAAUCUACACUCAGAAUGUAGGCAGUUGACAAACUGUCAUAUAUGAAGUCACACUACAUAUUAAACGAUAUUUAGAUGUAAAGUUCGCUAAGACACUGUUAUUAGACGUUAUUUUAUAUCUACUUUCAUAUUUGCUACGUGUUUGGUAUGAGAAUACAUUCUAUACAUUUAAAAACGAACUUUACUUAAUUAGAGCCAUUUCUGACGUUUUCAGGAUAUUGCACUUUUCAAAAUAAAUUGACAUUUCUAAACAACGGAAUACUGCCUGUAAUAUUUCUUUUAUGUUUCUAAUUCUUUUAAACUUGUACUUAAUUAACAUGGACAUUUGACUCAUGAAAUGGUGUCGGUUUGCGAGUGAUUGGCAAUCAUUCGUAAAUUUCGACACAUUUCAUGAAUUAGGUCACUAAGUGUAGGUUUGCAGGACCUGUGGUUUGAACCAGGAUUCUCUGGUCAUUGAGCGCUUUUCAGUAUAGCGCACUACCGUUAGAUUUGUGACAUUAUGUGAAUUGUCUGAAUUGCGUCCUCGCCAGCCUAAGUCAACUUCUAGAAAUGUAGGGCGGAUUGAUCCACUGGCGUGAAAGACAUCUGCCUCUCCGUGCCCCUACAUCGGGAUAGUAAUGCUAUACGCCAGCUUUUUUCUGAUCGACUGCCGGGUGAGAUCACUUCUUUUCUGGUUGGCUAUUCAACCCAACAAUAGUGAUGUAACACACCGUACACCAUGGCCUUAGUUACAGAUUUAAUAUCAGUCCACGCACACAAGGUGACGUCUGAGCACCGCUAAACUAAAUUUGUUAAUUGAACUUAUCCGUUAAGUGCUCUUCCAUCAUGUAGAAACACUUUCAGCAGAUUGUGGUGUUACCUUUUUUCGAUUGCUUUACGCCAACUUAAUAUCAGGAAUAAUGGGGUUCGUUGAUUAGUUUUAGAAUUUUGUGUUUUUCAGGUCUCGGGUAUUACAUGUGUGACCUUUGUGGUAGGACAUUCGCGCAUAAGGCAAGUCUGAAGGCACAUGUCGACGGUAUUCACAAAAGUGCGUCUAUUUUUUCUCCACUGUUUGAUUAUGUUAGUAUCCACUUUAAAUUCUGCUUUGCCUUAGUCCAUCGGGCUUCUUUGACUUUCUUUUUGUUUUGAAGUAUCCAGGUAGGGUACAUCAUUUCUCUGAGGAAAAGGCGUUGUGUUUUUUGUGUGUCUCUGGUUGUUCUUUUUGACCAUUCGCACGAAAGGAGUAAUAGCCGUUUUUAUAACGGCACUUGACUUACGCAAUGAAAUCCGUUUAUAGAAUUGCCAAAUGGAUGUAGGAAUAGGUAGUGUGGAAAAACAUAACUACUGCACAGUUUAGCGAAUGAUCAUACAUAUUUUGUCAGUAAUUGAAAGUCCUCACCAUGCCUGUUUUCGUGGAAAAUGACAUAAUUUUUCGCACAUUGUUUUUCCUGAUCUGCAUGGAUGAAAAAAACAAUGUUCAAAUUCUUCCAGAUCUUUAGUGAUCAUGCCUAAUCUUGCCCAUCCCUAUAAUGUCGCCAAUUGCAUUUACUUCAUAGGUGUUUUGGCAGAUUUUGAGCAAUUCAUAUCGACCCAACUGUGAAAACUCGGCGCCUCGGUGGGAUUCGAACCCACGCAGUAAGGGCAAGGCUUUAAUACAGCCAACGCUCUAACCUGCCUGGGCAGUCAGCUUACUGUUUUAGAUUUGGUGGAUUCCAGACUUUGCAGUAGGUUGGGCGGGUAACUUGACCCAAAUGUGAUUAAACUCGCGUCAUUCGGCGGGGCCUCGUAGCUCAAGUGGUUAGAGCGUUGGCUGUACUAAGGCCUUCCCCUUACUGCGGGAGUUCGAAUCCCACCGAGGCGCCAAGUUUUCACAGUUGAGUCAAUAUGAAUUGUAUGUACGCAUGGCAAUUUGUGGAGAGCUUAGUCUGUGUUCUUUACGAAGGAGACUGUGUGCUGAAAGACCAGGAACCACCUCUUUGUCUUGCCGGACCGUGUUAAACUGGGUUUCUCGUUGGUCUCUUUAUUCAGCGCCUCCAGGUGGACUCUGGUGUCUAAUAGAACGUAAUUAUAGCUCAUGGUGCGGAUAUCAAAGAAUGUACCCAAACUACCUCAGUUGCCUUUGUUGGAGGACCUGAUGUAUCCUCGCGAUGAGUGCGGCCGUCUCAUUUAAGACGAAGUCGGUUAAAUACCCCCAGUUUUCACUCGCCUUCCACGCGCACAACCCAGCAUUCACAACCGAACAGAAGAACUGACAAGACGGAUCACGCGGAUCUUUGUAGCGAGAGAGAUGUCUCACCAGGUCCAUUGACUUUUCUAAUAAUGGGGAAAACCCCGCAAACAGCAUUGAUUCGGGAGGCGAUUUUGUCUUUGCUUUGUUCAUUCGGCAGCAGCCUCGUCUCAGGCGUUUGGGAAUGUCCACUUCUCCAGGUUGACAGCCAUUAAUCCCGAUAAGUAGCUCCUCCCAGUCGGGGAUACACCUCGAAAACAACUCGGUCUUCUCGGCGUUUAUGGACAGAUCAGCGGAUUUAGCCACUUCAUUUACCCUUGACACCGCAGACUGUAGAUCACCAAAAUGUGAGACUAACAAGGCUAUAUCGUCAGAGUAGCUGAAAUCAGGCAUCCAGCGUCAGUGUGCAAGCUCAAUAUCCUCAACACUGUAUAAACGCUUUCUAGAAUCCAGUCAAUGACGCAGUCAAACAGGUUGGGCGACAGACUAAAACAUUCUCGCACGCCAAGCCAAAUAUUGAACCAUUGGGGAGGUUAUCCGGGACCAGAACUCGCACAACAAUGAAACGAUAGUAGGCCCUGAUGAUGGCAAGGAUUUUUGCCGACAUACCACCAGGUCUUAUUGUCCGUCACAGGGACUCGCGAUGGACGGAACCAAGCGCAGUUAGCAAGGCCGCCAGCCAUAGCGCAAUCGUAGACUGCGCCUCAGUGUACUUACCUGGUUCGCUCACCCAUCCCAACUCGAAACGAGGUUUAGGUAAAUCGUAUUCUCGAAUCACACUCUGGAAGCGCCUGAGAAUGGCAACAGGCAAUACGUCCCCAACAACGUCUAUUAGGCCUGUACCGCCCUAUCUCCGCCACUUCAUCUUACAUUCCUUCUUGAAGACAGGCCAUAGGAAGCCCGACCCCAAUCUUUAGGAGCGGCCUCAUCUCUCCGCACAUCAUAGAGGCAUGAUGCCAGAUUGUCAGCAGAAGGCUUUUUAGAUUUCAGCAGGAGUACCGUUCUAUCCGGGCGUUUUGUUUUUGCACAGCCACAGUAUUGCUCUCACAUUUACCAGCUGAGGAUGUGGGGGGAUCAAAUGACAAUGCAUAGACUGGAGAAGGAUACAGCUCCGCUGCAGACUUGCGAGAGAGAGAGAGAGGGGAUAAGCGUGUGUUGGUUACUGAAGAUGAAGACGCGCUUAAACUGCUCACGUCAGUGCUUAACCUGGGGCGAGUUGUCAGCAAUAAAGCCGCCACUCGUCGAGUUACCCAAUGCAGGGGUGCUGACUACUAAGCAGAUACUUCGGCAAAAUCUCAUUUCUUGGCCGUGCCUGUUAGGGGCUACGGUAAGGGGUCAGGGUUUGAAGUUUGGAAUUAGGGUAAGGAGUUAAGGGCUAAGGUUUGGGAUUGGGAUUAGGGGUUGGGGUUAGGCUGGGGCUUGUCCAUUGCUGGUACGGCUACGAAGUAAUAUCCGACCGAUAAUUCCAUUGAUUUUGCUAUUGUCGCCAACGUUAGAAGCGUGCUCAACGUGAGUCAACACCAGACAAAUAGUCCUUGCUAUCUUGCCUGUCCGACCUCGCCAGCACUUUCUAGACUUGGCAGAAAGAAUCAUUAUUGCGGGAACUAGCUCGAACCGUCUAGACAGGCAACUCUGAGAUUCCUUCACUGAUCCAGUCACUGAGACGAUGCUGAGCCAAUCAAAGGAUACUCUCAGUUUCCGCGAAGAGUGAGAACUUCAGUCAUGUCUAUUUGUUACUGCCUUCAUUUUGACUCGAGUUGUAAGGCAAGACCGUGUCAGCCGAGGGUACAUGCGUUCGGUGCGUUGUAACAAAAAGCCGCGCAGUUGUUGCUGUUCGCGUGUGUCUCUCAUGUUGGACUCCGGCACGGGUUCUUAAGUUAAGGCGAAUAUAUUGUCUGUUUCGCUUGUUCCCUCUUCUUUUAAAUUUUCUAUAUUCCCCGGGGUUUCCUAAAUUAGGUGUUUUUCGACCGUCGCAUUUCACGAGGUUCGCAAUCUGCUGCAGUAAUGAACAGUUUUCCGCAGAUUGCUUGCCUCGUUUAGAUUUUUCUAGUUUUUAUACCCUGGGAUUGACUUGCUACCUAGUUAGACUUAGGUCGGUAAGGUACCUUUCUUAGUCCAGUGGGAGUCCUUUAUUUUUUGAGGGAAACUAAAGAAUUUUAAGUUCGGCGACUUAACGCCGGCUUCCAAUUUGCGCUUCUUUAAUACAUUUAGUCAUUUUUAUGUUUUUUUAGACCUGCGAGAUUAUACAUGUGAUGUUUGUGGCAAGGUUUUUGCACAGAAGACGAACCUGAGGGUGCAUGUCGACGCUGUCCACAAAAGUGCGUUUAUUCUCUCGACAGCUUUGCUUUCGAUGUAGCCAUUGUUUGGUACAUCUGUUCUGCUUUUUGAGUGCGAAUUUUUCCCACAUACCCUGCCCUGGGAAUGUGCUCUCUUAGUAUGUUGCAAAACUAGUGUUCCAACUUUGCUGGCGAAUUAAAGAGCCUCUAGAACGAUACGAUCUUUGAGACCUCCUUCGUGGCUGCUCUUAUGCCUUAGUUGUUUGAGACGGAUGAAUACAUAAUGUUAUUUGACAGAUAUUUUAGAGAUUGGUUAAACUCACUUUAUUGCAGUACCAUCAGACAAGUAAACCUCGUUGAAGCAUUACGUUUAAACUGACCUCUUCGCGGUGCACAAAUGCCACCGCUUGAGAAACGUUGGGUGAGGAUGGAUCGUACAGUGUAUAAUUUAGGUUUUAAGAAAAGUUUCCGAUUGUGAGAUUUUUAAGACCGUGCGAUGUCCAUGCAUAUAGGAUCGCACAUGUCCGUUUUCCACUGCUGCUCAUGAAGUGUACAACACAGGUAGGAUCCAUUGUGAAAUCUUAUGAACUCUAUUUGGUAUCUUCUUAAAGGCAUAGAGGAAUUUAUGAUUUUCCUUACGCGGAAAGCAUGCACCUUGUCGACUGAAAUCGCUGAACACGGAUGCAAUGGCAGAUCAGGCUCAAAAAAUAUUCGGGAAUAGGGAAACUUUUUUAAAACCUAAAUAUACACUUUCUUCGGACAUAAACUAUGAAGAUAAUGUGAUUUCCUACCAAAUGAGCGAAUGAAAGCAUAUUUUGUGCAUGUUUUCUGUAAAAUAUAUUUGAAUUUAUAAGACCAUCGAAAAUCAGUAGGAAAAAUGCAUGCUACUUAAGCAUUCAUUUUUUACCGAGCGUGGUUUCUGUAGGAGGCCAAAAGUAAGUGCAUUCAAAAGCCGACAUCCUGGCGAGUCCGGAUGUAAUCUUUCCUAAUCGAAAGCACAUUUCAUAAUUUCGGUCCAUAUUUCAUGAGAUCGGUCACGCACUGUAUGACCCCACUGGAUUCAACAUGUACAAAUAACUACUUUAUUUGUUUUAGUAUGGCUCAUUUAAUCCAAUAAUUCAUCAAUGUCUAUUUCUGGCUUGGUGGCCGUCAUCGGCCUGCGAUUCCCCAACCCCAACGCCGGCCGUUUGAGCUUUUAGCCCGGUUUUUUUGUAUUAGUACGCUCCCUCAUUUGAACUAAUACCACGUCCAGUCGGUUACUAUCACGAAUUCGCAGUUCCGAUUUCUCGACGAAAAUGGUUAUUUCCAUGUUGUUUUAGAUCUCGCCUAGACUCGUCACAGACGCCCUAAUAUCGUCUAGCGAUCAACAGUUUUACGACCAUCCUGUUAACCUCUAGUUUCCUGCGUCUUUUUUGCCCUUACCGUACUCCCAACGUGACAACUCCGACGAUGCCCACAGCUUGAUGGCAGCAGGGACGGUGACUUGUGCGUAAAUUACUCUGUACUGGUGGUACACUUUCGCGGCAUCCACCGCACUCGCUGUCGAGAGAGAGAGAGAAUCAAGAAGGAUGUAUCAGGCGCAGGUGGCUGGCGCGGCGUGAACCCACACCUUCAGUGCGUGACCGUUUUCAUGAAAUGUUGGCCUGAAUUCCAACAUGCGCUUUCGACUAGGUAGUGUUGUGAUAUUAAUCUUCACGCGGCAUACUCCCAUGAUAUUUCGAACUCGCCAGGAUGUCAGCUUUUUAAUGCACCUCUUUUCGACCUCCUACUAAAGGCGCACUCGGUAGUAAAUUACUACUUAAGUAGCAUGCAUUUUUCGCAUUGAUUUUUGAUGGUCUUAAAAAUUCGAGUAUAGUUGGUAGAAAACACGUAAAAAAAUACGCUUUAUUUUACUGGUUUGGUUGAGAACCACGUUUUCUACACAUUUUAUGUCCAAAGAAAGGGCAUAUUUGGGUUUUCAAAAAAUGUCUAAUUAUGAGAUUUUUUAAAAUCAUGCAGUGUGCAUUCAUACAGCAUCGUACCUGUCGGUUUGCCAAAGCUUCUCAUAAAAUUUACAACAUAGUCCUCAUCCAUUGCAAAAGCUUAUGAACACCAUAUGGCAUAUUUUUAAAGACGUAGAGGAAUAUGUGAUUUUUCUUACGCAGAAAGCAUGCACCUUGUAGACUGAAAUCGUUAAACGCUAAUGCAGCGGCUGAUCAGGCUCAAACUUAUUCGGGAAUUGGGAAACGUUUUCAAAAACCUAAAUACACCCUUUCUUCGGACAAAAUGUGAAGAAAACGUGGUUGUUCACCAAAUCAGUAAAAGAAUGCGUACUUUUAUACGUGUUUCGUACAAAAUAUAUUUGAAUUUAGUAGACCAUCGAAAAUCAAUGUGAAAACGCAUGUUACUCAAGUAGUCAUUUUUUGCCGAGUGCGCCUUCUGUAGGAGGUCAAAAAGAGGUGCAGUCGAAAGCCGGCAUCUUGACGAGUUCGAAAUAUUAUGGGGUCAUGCCGCGUGAAGAUUAAUAUUACAACACUGCCUAAGUAAUCCUUCCUAAUCGAAAGCGCAUUUUAGAAUUUAAGCAAACAUUUCAUGAGAUCGGUCACGCACUGUAUGCGGGCCAUCAAAUCCCACUACCAACAUGCAGUGAGGGAUCUAUCUCACGAAACGUUAGCCAAAAUUCUGAAGUGCGUUUUCUAUCGGAACGGAUUAUUCGGGCGGGGUUACAGCAUCGAUUACUAUGCGGCAAGAGUCCGUACUAUUUCGGACUCGCAAGGAUGUUGAUGUUUAAAUGCACUUUUUUGACCUCCUGUAAAAACCCCAGUCGGUAAAGAAUUACUUCUUAAGGGGUAUACAAUUAUGACAUUAAUUGGAGAAGUUUCAUGAUUUCCGAAUAAUUUUGAGCCAGAUCAGCCGUUUUAUUACUGUUUACCUAUUUCAGUCUACAAGGAGUACGCUUCCCGCGUACAGACAAUCAUAAAUUCUCCUAAGCCCUUGAGAAGAUAUCAUAUAGAAUUCAUGAAAUUUCGCGGUGAUGCGGACCAUGUUGUAUAUUUCAUGAACAGCAUUAGUAAACAAACAGGUGUGCUUCUCUAUGAAUGUACAUCGCAUAGUCUUGAAAAAUCUCAUAAUUAUAACCUUUUUUUCUAAAUCCGAAAGGUACUUUUUCUCUGGGUAUAAAAUGUGAAGAAGGCCUGACUUGUUACCAAAUGAGGAAAAGAUUGGACAUUUUGUGUAUAUUUUCUAUAGGAUAUAUGUGGGUUUCUAAGGCCAUCGAAAAUCAAUGUGAAAAAUGCAUACCAUACAGGUAGACAUUUUUUGCCGAGUGCGGUAUUUACAGGAGGCCGAAAGAAGUGCACUCAAAAGCCAACUUCCUGGCAAGUCCGAAAUAUCAUGGGAUUAUGCCGCGUGGUAAUUAGUCUUCAAACCCUACCUAAGUAAUCUUUCCUAGUUGAAAACGAAUUUCAGAAUUUCAGCUAACGCUUCAUGAGAUAGGCCACUCACUGUAGGUACCAGCCAAAAGCCCAGAAGCGUUUCGCAGCAACGAAAAAAAUCGGCGAAACACGUAUACUAUCUUUUGUAGAAGGUGGAUUAAAUAAUUAUUCUGAAGAGGUCAAUUCCCUUCGACUGAAAUGUUCACAGUUUCGGGACUGACCGAAAAGUCACGUUCCCUGCACUUAAUUCCAAGUUGGCGAAAUUAUUAGUUUUAUGCCUUUUUAUCACUGUUAUUAUGUAAUAGCAGUGCUAACCGCACGCCAAAUCCUGGCUACUAUUAUUUUACAUGUUGUGGUCCUUAGCUCGCUUGCACAUGCGUGUUAGCUAAUCUUCUGAGCAACGAAAUACAUCCUUUACGAGUAAUAAAUGCGCUUGUCAUGAAGCUUCAGCGAAUCCUAUGCUUAAAGGUCGAUCCGGAUUGUUUUCAGAAGAACUCAAAUUGUACUCCCCGCAUGAAAUGCGCACUUUGUGAAAGUUCCCGAACUACUUUUCUUCUAGCUGCAAGUUUUAUAUCAUUGUUUUUCACGAGACCGGUUGUAAAAUCCGUCUAGCGUGAACGCUGGGUGAACAUCGCGGGUGCAUUUUGCGGUGUGUUUUUGGCGUAUUUCUGUGUAUUUGGGAUGGUUAUGUUUCUUGAAGAAGGAGACACGAUCGCUGGGACAAGAUCCUUAUUAGCCUGACGUUUCGGUUUCCUCCUCUAACCCAUCAUCAGAGACAAAAGCAGAUACGGUUGGUUCAUGCACAAGGGCUGCAGUAUUUGCACUUGCAUCCUACAAAUACUGCCGCCCCUUGUGGUUAUGUUUAUGCCAAGUUGUGGGUAUGCUUCAUAAGAACGCAGUGUACACUGCAUGUUUAUUUCAGACAGCAGCUUAGCAUAAUUUCCAAAAGAAGAAGAUGCGAUCACUGGAACAAGAAGUUUAUUGGUCAGACAUUUCAGAUUCUCGCUCGACCCAUCAUCAGAGACAGCAGCUAUCUCUAAUGAUGGGUUCGAGUGAUAGUCCGAAAGGUCAGGCCAGUAAACUUCUUGUUCCAGCGAUCGCGUCUUUUGAACUGCCUCCUGGAACUCGCCUGUUCACUUCUAUCAGCAGUAUUUUUGGGCGGGGUGCGCUCCGACAGGGGAAGACGUUUGUCCCUCGAGAGUUGUCUACGUAUGAGCAGAUUAAGCAUGGUAUCUUAGUGGGCUGUUGUCUUUUUCCGUAUUAGGUCUUCCACUUGUAAUUUUGAAUUUACAGAAUUCGACAUCAUAAAAUCUAGUCCAAGGUCUGUUAGGCCUCGGUCUGUCGAUUUAAAGCUUACGUUUUUGGAUUUUGUGGCAGUUAUUAUUUUAAUGAUUCACUUUGUGCAGAUUUAAACUGGAUCAGGAAUAAAUUCGACUCCGCAGUCUAUCUACACCUUGCAUGUAUCUUUCAGAUCUUCGGGAACACGCGUGCGACAUUUGUGGCAAAGCCUUUUCACAGAAGGGAAACCUGAAGGCGCACAUUGAUCAUAUCCACAAAAGUCUGUUCAUUUCCUUCACUGGUUUUCCUUGACAUUGUCAUGCACCUCUGACUUUUACGUCACCUUGAUUCGGUCCGUGACUUUAAAUUUUACCGCUCGUUUUCAAAGAUCGCUGUCGCAUACUUCCAAUGGCGUCUGUUUUACUUUCGCAAACCAUUAUGUAAACCUUGCUUACGAAGCGGAUAACAGUCGCCUUGAUGGCACUAACAGCCCUGGUUGAUGUACUUAGUCGACUGCAAUAACCAAGGUUGAGUCCUAAGUGCUUGGUAAAAGUGUCAAAGUCCGUUUUUUGCGAAGGAGGAAGUGGACUUAACAGCUAUGCUCCUGUCUCCGGGGCGUCCCAUUCACAGUGCCAGUACAUACUCCCUGGGAAUACAAUCACUUAGUGGCAACAUCCAUUGCUUACUAUUGUCGACUUCAUUUGGGCAACAUCUACUUUACUAGAGCGCAUACAGUGGCCCUGCUUGCGUCCAGACGUUUGCUUCCAACUGAGGAUAUUUAUUUUACUUGGAAAGGCUUAUUUUAUUAAAAGGAAGUGUUCAUGAUCUCGUCGGGAGAAAAUGCCAAACGCACCGUUUGUUGGUCAUGCUUUUUCGGAACUGUAUCCCUCGUUUUCAAGUUAAAAUUAAACUUUAUUCACGCCCUGUCUGUUACUUUUUCGACCGGAGUAAAUAGUCAUGAGGGUGCUUUCAUUUUAAAACGGGACGGGCUUUCUGAGCGUUGUGUGCCGCGGUUGUGUGAAUGUCCCCUCACACUCUAGCGCUUAAAUGGAAAAUGAUUUUCUAUCUCCACCCCAAACUGCAUCCAGAUUUUUGUCACUGUGUGUACAUCAGUUACUUGGUCUUAUGGUCAAUCGGAAUAUGAUGCUGUAUCAGGUAGCGCUUGCUACCCGGAUUCUCCCUCGGUGUUAAUUAUUUUCCUUGAGUGCAAACUAUUCAGGCGUGUGGUACGCGCUGUGUCGUUUACCAUCUGUACGCCAACGAAGCCUCCAUGUAGGGUAUCCAGUUAAGGAGAAGGUGGCUUACGAGUUAUCCUCUCGCCUAGCUUCACAGAAGUAUAAAGUUCGCAUUUAUUUCGCGUCGAUCUUUAAUUUCGUUUGUGAUAAAUCGAUAUUAACAGAGAAUCGUACCGCCCACUCUAACCCAUCAACAACGUGUUUGUUUUCUAGAACUGCUAGAAUUGACGUGUGAAAUGUGCGGGAAAGCCUUCAAGCGGAAGGAAUACCUGCAAAAGCAUCUCAACACCAUUCACAAAGGUAGCUUCUUACGUACUUUUUUCUUGCUGCCUACUUUCGUCAACAAAUUAACUUUUUCAUCACUUUGGCACGCUUUCUAACACUUUCCUGAGUGCUGUUCCUUCAUGGCUCUUACAGUAGGUGGACUAACUCAUGAAAUGUCGACAGAAAUUCCGAAAUGGGUUUUCGUUUCGAAAAGAUUAAUUAAGUAGGGUUGUAAAACUAGUUGGCCUGCAACAUAAUUCUAUAAUAUGUCAGUUACCUCAGGAUGCCGGCUUCCGAGAGAACUUCCUUCCGGCUGCAUGCAAGGACCAUACUCUGUAAAAAUGACUACUUAAGUAGCAUGCAUUUUCUCAUUUAUUUUCGAUGCCCUUAAAAUGCUACUAUAUUUCAUGAAAAAAAUAGAUCUAGACUCCAAUGUCUCUUUCUAAAUUUGGUGACCGUACCACUCACUUUGAUGAUAUCGAGGACCGUCGUCUUCUUUGAGACUUGGUCCGUGUGAAAUUUAGGGAAGAAGUUGUAUGUGGCGUACGUAGACUUUGUCUGCCUCCCCGCGCACGACCAUCGUCUGCUGUCUGAACUCUGACUUACCCUUGGACCACGUUGGGUGUGAGGGAGGGGGCAAAGUAGAUGCUACGCUGGUCACUACUGCGCCCUCUUCGGGACAGUGGUAGCUCUCUCAUCCCUUGCGAUGUACAAAGUGGCAGAUUGUUUUAUACGUACUUUUAGGAAUAUUUAAUGAGAAACGAAUUAGUCCAAGGCCUCAAGCCGGCCUGCCAUAUAUUGCUGGUCCAUAUCGGCUGCAUCGUAACUGAACCCAUUUUCUUGUGAUCACCUGCUGCAGUUGGAGUGCGACAUAUGCCCUGCCGAAUGACCAGCACUUUCUGUGGACAACUUCGUCUAUCGUAUUACCGACAAAGACAAGGGAGACUGAAGUGGCCAUUUCUGGCUUACUGGCCGUCGUCAGCCAGUCAUACCCAAUCCCCCCGAAGUGCGGAACUUCCGAGGCUCGAACUCGCGACCUGUUAGUUAGGAGUCCACGCCUCUAACCACUGGACCACAAGCCGGUUGCCCUGUCGGUUUCGAUCGGGAAUAUACAAUAAUAGGGGGCGCUCACCGAUCGUUCUUACGGAACUCACUCGUUCCGUUGUGCCUUACGGAUUCUCUCUCGAGCCAAACCAGGAGCCGCACAGCGGCGCAUGAUAUAGGCAGAAUGAUAUUACCGGCAAAGACAAGGGAGACUGGAAUGGCCAUUUCUGGCUUAUUAGCCGUCGUCAGCCAGUCAUACCCAACCCCGAAGUGUGGAAGUCUAUGUCUGUCAGAUUGCGAGCCAUCGUUAGACAGUUUGCAGCGUCAAUUGGUGCCGCUGAAGCAACCUAGAGACAUCGAUUUCUUCCAAGAACAAUAAUUUUUGUAUUAGGUGGUAUUUGCCUAGGCGAAAGUUGAAUUCGUCCUCUAAUAGGAGUACCCGUUCAGUUUUUUUCAGGACUUACUCGUUGCACGGACAACGAAGUUUGGCCUCACCUGGGUGAAUGGCCAGGGUAUCAGUCGUGAGACGAUUGAACACCCUGGUUCUUCCGUCUUUUUUACUACUGAGAGGAGUUUGUCUGUACUGCGACAUAGAUCAUUUUUUAUUUUCCUUUUAGGAUCUUCGGGCGCCUGA